AGGCGGCGGCGCCGCCGCGUGACGUGAGAGGACGAGCCUGCCGCCGUGGGCCUGUGGUUGGGAAGUGCUGGAGUCGGGGCCGGGGUCCUGAGACUCCCACAGCCCGCCGGCGGCAGAGCGGGCCCGAGGCAGCGCGGGGUUUGCUUUAGGAAGAGCGGCUUUAAAACCUGCGCGCCCGGCUCCGCUGGCAGGUGCGGCCUCCCGGCCUGUCCUUGCGAGUUGUGGGGACCGUCCUGAGGUCCCUUCCCCGGCGACCCCCGGGGACUUCAUUCAGGGCCUCCCAGGAAAAAAGAAAAAAAGGGGGGGGGGUCUAAAAUAAAGUUGCUUAAGCCUUACUGAGAGGACCAGGCUCUUUCACCUUCGAGCAUUGCUUAAUUCUCACUCGGACCGUGAGAGAGGUAUUGGCUCCUCUGUUGACAGAGGAGGAAACUGACUCGGAAAGGGGAAGGCGUUUGCCUCAGGCCACGCCGCUGGGAAGGGUCAGGUUUGGAUUCAAAGCGAGUCCUUCGCUGCCGCCGGAGCGCUCGCUCUUGGCCCUGGAAGCCGGGUUCUCGUGCUUAAUUCGGGUAAAGAAUCUCGGCGUAGGAGGUAGGGGUUAGUUAAUAGUUUGCGGGACUCCGCAGAUUUAGUCUGGGAUAGGGUUCUGGAGUCUAUUUUCAGCAGCCGUGCAGCGCACGUAACAGCACAUCGCUCCCCUGUAAACACAGCAAGAAUGAUAGCUGGUUGUCGCGUUACGGUUUUAAGGCCUCAACUGAGAGAAAAUAUCAUACGAGAGCUUCCUCUACAAAUCAUAUGGGACUGGAGAAUACCACUGCGUAGUUUGAAUCAGGAAUGAACUUUUCUGAAAGCUAAGAGUAGAAGUCUCGAUCAGCAUGGAAGACAAAAGACGGCGAGCCCGAGUGCAGGGAGCCUGGGCUGGUCCUGCUAAGAGCCAGGCCACUGCUCAGCCAGCUCCCACUGCUGAGAACCAUCUCCAACAGAGACCUGGUAAAACCUGGAUGAACAAGGAGCAGCAUCUGUCUGACAGACAGUUUGUGUUCAAAGAACCCCAGGAGGUGGUACGCAGAGCCCCAGAGCCACGAGUGAUCGAUAAAGAGGGUGUGUAUGAAAUCAGCAUGUCACCCAGAGGUGUAUCUAGGGUGUGUUUAUGUCCUGGCUUUAUUGACUUGAAAGAGGCCGACUUGGUGUUUGAACAGCUUUGUCGGGAUGUUCCCUGGAAACAGAGGACCGGCAUCAGAGACGAUGUAACUUACCAGCAACCAAGGCUUACAGCAUGGUAUGGAGAACUUCCUUACACUUACUCAAGAAUCACUAUGGAACCCAAUCCUCACUGGCAUCCUGUGCUGCUCACGCUGAAGAACCAAGUUGAAGAGAACACUGGCCACACCUUCAACUCCUUGCUCUGCAAUCUUUACCGGAGCGAGAAGGACAGCGUGGACUGGCACAGCGAUGACGAACCUUCACUGGGGAGGUGCCCCAUCAUUGCUUCUCUCAGUUUUGGUGCCACACGUGUGUUUGAGAUGAGAAGGAAGCCCCCACCAGAAGACAAUGGAGACUACACAUAUGUGGACAGAGUGAAGAUACCCUUGGAUCACGGGACCCUGUUAAUCAUGGAAGGGGCCACGCAAGUGGACUGGCAGCAUCGAGUGCCCAAAGAGUACCACUCCAGAGAACCAAGAAUAAACUUGACCUUUCGGACAGUUUAUCCUGACCCUCGAGGGGCGCACUGGUGAUGAGAGAUCCUGGAGAGAGGAGCCGUGCUGAGACUGAGCAAACCUUCCUCCAUGAAGACACUUCCGGAGGCUGGUCCAGCUGCUCUCGUGGCUGUUUGGAGGAUGAGGAUGGGAUUUGCUUCCCAGCUCAGAGUCCUAUUAAAUGACAGCCUGCAGUUCGUGUUCAAAAUACGUUUGCUGUGGGAACAGUAAUCCCUAAUCACAUUUUGAAAUCACAUAUUUUCUUUAGGCAAAUUAAAAACCGCUGUGGCUGUGUUUACCAAUGA